UCUGGUAACGGUAAGGAGAGCAGCCACCAGAUCCACUGUGUUCCUGCCGUGCAACCACCUACCAAUUUGGAAGUCCCUCGUCAUCUUGUAGGCAUCAUGGCAGAAAACACACCCGUUCGAUUGCUGGUUAUCCUGAGUGAAGACAGUAGUGUAAGAAUGGAGCUACGCAAGGGGAUUCCCAAUUCAUUGGAAGAGCUAAUGGAUGAGGUCAAGAAUGCAUGUGGAUUAGAGGGAUAUAUAAGACUGCAGUACAAGGACACAGAUUUUGGGAACAUAUUUGUGAAUCUGACCUCCACAACUGUAAUUAAGGAUCUUACAAUUCUCAAAGUAAUCCAGUUAGAGCCUGAUUCAACUGUUGUCUUAUACCCAGUUGAUCCCCCCAUGAGUAGCACCCCUUUGUUUGGACUGGACAGUGAUGACUCCUCAGUGUCUGCACAUACAGAUGACACAAUACUGCUUAGCAGCCCUUCCUCAGAUUCACUAAGGACACAGCAGUGGCCACGAGUGUUCCCAAUUCCACGCUUCUCCUAUGAUACAGAAUGUCAACUGCAGAGGGGAAAUGCAGAGUACAUGACAAGCCAAACUAGACUGACACCUAGCUCAAAAAUGCUGUCAGACAUACUGGAGAAAGUAGCUGAAAGUAUCUACGCAUACAAACCAUACCCUGAAGAUUCUGACUUCAGCGAUGUUGCUGAGGCACUGACAAGGAAGCACCCCUGCCUGAAAGAACCAGGGUCUUUCAAUGAGAGCUAUGGAUGGAAACGCAGGAUGAAGAUAAAAAUGGCCAACUACCGGACCCAACUUAAGGCACACGGUACAUCUGCCGAGCUCACAGUGAAUUCUUUAAAAUCCAAGUCUCAAGAAGACUCCUACCCAGCAAAGAACCUGAAGAGACCUAGUUGGACAAGUACACGUCCAAACUGCUGGAGAUCAUCAGGAACACAGGGAGGACGUGUGAAAGUGCAGACCAAGAGGACCUUGCAGGUUUUAGAUGAGACGGUGGACAUCACAAUCAGAAGAGAGUACAUCUUUAAAUCUUUGAUGAUCUACCUGGGUGAACCUGUUCAUCACCUCAUCAAAGAAUGCCAGGAUGAAAAUGAGGCUGACGAACUGGAGCAGAAAGCCAUGGCAAUCGUUGUCAGUGGAAAAGAGGACAUUAAAAUAGUCAUUGAUGGAACAGAGGUCCUGAAAGAGGUGCCCACAAUUGCAACGGCUGUUGCAAUGUUCUUCGGGUUCACCUACGCACUCAACCUAAAAUAUCCGAAGAAUCUGCAGUACACCUUUGAAUUUGUGCAAAAAGUCCUGAUGGAGCUUGGUGCAAAAAAGAUCUCCCCAAAAGUGCAUAAGCUGAGCACCCAGCUUUUCAGUCCAGAGUAG